AUUUAACAAUAACAGCACUAGUGUAAAUCAAUUGUGGGACAUCUAACGCCACGCGAUGAAUCGACAUCAGAUUUUCUUUCCAAAAUACGUGCUUAUAAUUUGAUAGUGAAAGGCCACCAAAGGAAGUAAAACAUUUCUCUGUUUAGCUGCCAAAUUUGAAUUUGCAGCUAACUGAGGACAAGAGUUCAAGAUGUACAGCACUUCUUUGUACAAGAGUAAACCGCUCGUGCUAGAAGUCACUGACGACGAGGACAGUUCUGAGAAAGAGAACUGUUCCAGAGCGCGCGAUGCCACUCCAAUUUUAUUAGACUCAAGUGAUGGAGAGUUUGACAAAAUUUUAGAAAGACUAAAACCAAGACGAACUAAAAAGUCUGCCAAGAAAAACAGCCAACAAAUUCCAACUACAUGCAGUGAUGACAGCUUUGAGUCAUUGAUCAGCUGUGUCAAAACACCAGUGUCUGUACCAAGGAAAGGAUCUGUCAGUAGACAAAAUGGGCCAAAACAACUCCCAAAGUGGUCCACUGAUGAUAAUUCUGCCACCAAAACCAAGAAACCACCCUCAUCUCAAGCAACGCUUAAGCCUCUUCAGAAUUCCCAGCUGUCUCAUGUCCCUCACGGUCGUAAUGCUGGUGCUGCUAGUAAAAUCAUUACCUCAAGCAACACAAAGGCUGCCAGUGCUCACCUCACUCCAAGCAACACAAAGGCUGCCAGUGCUCACCUCACUCCAAGCAACACAAAGGCUGCCAGUGCUCACCUCACUCCAAGCAACACAAAGGCUGCCAGUGCUCACCUCACUCCAAGCAACACAAAGGCUGCCAGUGCUCUUCAAACUCCAACUGGACGUGUCAAUCCUGUUCGCUCCACCACUACUGCAGUCCCCUCAUCUGCCCCUCCGAAGACAAGUGUUUGUAGACCGCCAGAUGUCAGCUCAGACAGCGAUGACAGCUUUGAAAAAUUUUUAAACCGCGUGAAGACACCCAAGGCACAACCGAAACAACGCUCUGUCAGUGGCAGUGAAGACAGUUUGAAGAAUUUCAUUGUGGAUUCCUCAGAUGAUGACGACUUUGUCUUUGAUCCGAGUAAAAAUUCUACUUCCAAAGCUCUGCCCAAGUCAAAACCCUCCGAACAGACGCCAAAAGUUGAGAGAUGCCCGCCCUCAAACUACGACUCCCCCGUCUUCCUUACUGAUGAUGACGACGAUGAUGAUGAUGAUGAUAGGUGCACCAUAACAAGCACUUGGAAGACUCGCCACUCCAAGCCUUCAGUGGCUUCUCCCUUAACUGUAUCACAUGUCCCAUCUCCAAGGCCAAAGACAACCUGCACCAAAAGCAAAGCCUGGAGCAGUUCCGACGAGCAGGAGGAGGAGGUGGAUUCAUUGCUGAACCGUCUGAAAAAAAACUUGCGGUUACAUAGUGACAGCAAAGCCACUCCUAAGAAUGUGCUGGAACCUAAACAGAAGCCAUGCCUGUCAGAUCCUACCACGAAGGGAAGUGCCAAACCCAGCGGCAGACUGGAGAAAGGAGCUCCGACUGCCAGAACACCUGUUCAGCCUCCAAAACUCAAGCCUAUUAGCAUGACCGAGCCCAGAGCGACAAGUGGAAGCAGGAUCGCAGGAUGUAAAACCCCAGGCUGUUUUCUGCAGUCUCUGUCAGAUCCCACAUCAGCGCAUUGCAGGAGUUUCAAACAGAACAAAGAAGAGCUUACCAGUAAACUGUAUCGCCUGUACAACUCCAGUGUGUUUGAGGACAAGCUCCCAUCUGACAUGUCGGUGUCAUGGUGCAAUAAGAUGAGGAAAACGGCCGGCUUCUGUAUCACGGGCCAGGAGCGCGGCACGGGCCAUCGAUACGCACGCAUCAGACUAUCGGUCAAAGUCUGUGACUCAGCAGACCGACUGAGGGACACGCUGGUGCAUGAGAUGUGCCACGCCGCCCCCUGGCUGAUCCACGGCGUGCGGGACGGCCACGGCCCCAUCUGGAAGAUGUUUGCUCGCAAGGCCACGCUGGCCCACCCCGAGCUGCCCAUGGUCAGCCGUUGCCAUAGCUACGACAUCAAGUACAAGUUCCAGUACCAGUGCAGCCGCUGCAAGAACACCAUUGGGCGGCACUCCAAGUCGCUGGACACCCAGAGGUUUGUGUGUGCCCUGUGCACCGGGCAGCUGGUGCUGCUCACCCCGACCAGCUCCCGUGGCCCCACCCCCUUCGCCAUCUACGUCAAGGAGAACUACAAGACCAUCCGACAACAACUCGUUGGCCAGAGCCACGGCGACGUCAUGCGCAAGCUCAGUGCUGACUUUGCCAGUAAGACGCGUCUCAGUGAGAGCUGAGAUCCUGACGGGAAACCAACAUGAACUGUGACUGAGCCUAACUUGCUGAAUGACUGAAAAUGAUCUUGAAAUAAUUUUUGGCAGCUUCAACAGUAACGACCAUGCCACUUUUAAUGGCUUUGUGUCAUUACACAUUAAUCUUAAUGUUUUGUAUCUGAUUGAGUGUGGUGAAAUAUUUUUUGGGAGGAUCGUUAUCUAGGUAAUUUCAAGGGAAAAAACUGUGCCAUUGUCUUUUUACUUGUUUACUUGUCUUUACUUGUCUUGUUUUGUCUUUUAAAUGUAAGCUGUUUUGAAACUGUUUUCAGAAAUAUAUUUCUGUUCAGUAAUGUGAUCCCUUUUAGUGUUUCUCAAUAAAGUAUAUUUGGUAUACCAACAAAGUCAA